GCAGCCAAGUCCCUCACAAUUGCCCCUCGAACCCAUCGCCUUCUCUCCUCAUUCAUUCGCUCCAUCUUGCUCUCCUUGUGAACUCCAUUGUCGCUGAUCCAAUUUCCUUUAAGCUCUGUAUUCAUUGAUUUCCUGUUGUAUCAAUUCGUUUUUGUUUGCUUCAUUGCUGAGCUUCUUGCGUGGGAUUUAGAUGGCGUCCUCUUUCCUUCCUCUCGCUUACGCCUCGCCUUCAGCUUCACUUUCUUCGCUUGAGAACAUGAAGCUGGCGAAGUUGAACCUUGGAAGUAACUGUCUAAGUAUCGAUCGAGAGAAAAACAAUCCGUUCGCGAAGGCGAAGUCCUUGAGCAGGAUAUCAAUGGUUGCUUCGGUUAAUGCUUCUCGUUUUGAGGGGAUAACGAUGGCUCCUCCUGAUCCAAUUCUUGGAGUUUCUGAGGCUUUCAAAGCAGAUACGCAUGGAAACAAACUCAACUUGGGAGUUGGUGCAUACCGCACAGAAGAGCUACAUCCCUAUGUGCUUGAUGUUGUGAAGAAGGUAGAGAAACUAAUGCUUGAGAGAGGAGAUAACAAAGAGUAUCUCCCAAUUGAAGGUCUGGCUGCAUUCAAUAAGGCCACUGCAGAAUUAUUAUUUGGAGCUGAUAACGCAGUCAUCAAGCAGCAACGCGUUGCAACUAUUCAAGGUCUGUCAGGGACUGGUUCUCUUAGAAUUGCUGCAGCUCUUAUUGAACGAUACUUUCCUGGUGCAAAAGUCCUGAUAUCUUCUCCAACUUGGGGGAAUCAUAAAAAUAUUUUCAAUGAUGCGAGAGUUCCAUGGUCUGAGUACCGAUAUUACGAUCCUAAAACAGUUGGUUUGGAUUUUGACGGGAUGAUAUCUGAUAUUAAGGCGGCACCUGAAGGAUCUUUUGUGUUGCUUCAUGGUUGUGCUCACAACCCAACUGGCAUUGAUCCAACACCUGAGCAGUGGGAAAAAAUUGCUGAUGUCAUUCAGGAAAAGAACCACAUUCCAUUUUUCGAUGUUGCAUAUCAGGGAUUUGCUAGUGGAAGCCUUGAUGCAGAUGCAGCAUCUGUUAGGCUGUUUGCUGCUCGUGGUUUGGAGCUUCUGGUUGCUCAAUCAUAUAGUAAAAAUCUUGGUCUUUACGCUGAAAGGAUUGGGGCUAUCAACGUGGUCUGCUCAUCAUCAGAUGCAGCAACAAGAGUAAAGAGCCAGCUCAAGAGGCUUGCUCGACCAAUGUACUCAAAUCCUCCAGUUCAUGGGGCUAGAAUUGUUGCGAAUAUUGUUGGAGAUCCAGCACUAUUUAACGAGUGGAAAGCAGAAAUGGAAAUGAUGGCAGGAAGGAUAAAGAAUGUUAGACAGAAGCUCUAUGAUAGUCUCAGCGCAAAAGAUAAAAGUGGGAAAGAUUGGUCCUUUAUACUCAAGCAGAUUGGCAUGUUCUCAUUCACAGGCUUAAGCAAAGUUCAGAGUGAUCAUAUGACAGACAAAUGGCAUGUAUACAUGACGAAGGAUGGACGGAUUUCGUUAGCUGGACUAUCAUUAGCUAAAUGUGAAUAUCUCGCAGACGCCAUCAUCGAUUCGUUCCACAACGUGUGGUAAAUUGGAUAUCAAAUAGGAUAUACAAUUAAAAAAUAGUAUUCUCAAAGUUUUGCUUUCCAGUCUUAUAUUCUCGAGUAAUCGAAUAUGACUUCUUAUCGGAAUCUAAGUCUAGCUGAGACUUUGAUCUAAAUUUUGUAAUAAGGUGGCUCAGUGAUAGUUGGAACUCUUAGUUUGUGAUCAAGUUUGAAGCUUAAAUAUUUCUUAGUACUUAAACGUAUUUUGCUAUUUGCAU